CGACACACUUCAUUCUCUCGCAUUCAUGGAAGGAUCAACGAAACUCUUUGUGGAAGAGGUGGGCGGGCUCGCGGAGGAAACGGUGAAAUGGUCUAUACACAAGCUCUGGUGUUUGGCAACGGGAUGGCCGGCAGGUCCGAGCAGGAAAACUUAGUGGACAGUUUGAGAUUUCUUCAGGACUUCGAGUCAGACAAAGAGAAAUUAAGCCCCUGCGGCAGACUCAUGAAAGCACAAAGCUCAUCAAGUCUUGGGUCCCAGUGCAGUUUGGAAGAGGAAGAAGGCGAGGACGGGUUUCUUCUUCAGCUCGAACUCUCCAAACGCAUUGAAAAGUGCCUUUUUGAUGCCAAAAAGGCGAGUUUGCGCUGUCAGGAACUGCGUUUGCCCAGGCGCAUGACCGAGCGCGUGGCUGGAGACAUCCUGCGCGCGUCGGUGGAUGAUCCAUGCGGGAUCCGCGGCGCUUUAAUACACCUGUUUAUCGAAAACAAGGGCACACUAUAGAAGCUGGGCACCGUGACGCCCGAUGAGAGUCUGACGCCCACAUUCGAGCUGUCAAUCAUCUUACGGCCUGAUGUGGAUGGAUGGCCGCCCCUCAAGGUCCUGUUCGGUGGUGGGAAAGUUCUCAGCCUGAGACGGGAAUACCGGCUGAUUAAACGGAAGCUUUACUCAUCCGCCACUCCUGUUGUACUUGAAUUUUAUUAAGGCUGAACAAGAUUUGUGCAAAAUAGGGAAAGGGGGUAAGUUUGGAUAAUGUUCAAACUUCAAGUCAUAGGACAUUGUUUCUUAUCAACUCAAGUCUCAGCCCAAAUUCAAUGAUUUGGCACAUUUAAAAACAACCGAGUGGACUGAAGUGCUUAACAGUAGAAAUGAUAAAAAAGACAACUACAUGAAAGACAACAUACACAGACACUAUAGUUACAAACUGCACACAAAAUGGUUACAUUAGUUUAAUUCAGAAUGCACUAAAUGUCUUUAAAAGUUGUCUUGUGUAUCUUAUAACUUUCACGAAACCUUAUUGCAUUAUGCACAAUUAACAUAUCAUUGGUUGAAUUUACACAAUUCACUGAUCUGUUAACUCUGUUAACUUAUGUGAAAUGUUAAUGACCUUAAAAAAUUCUUAUAAAACGUCAAACACUUCAAUCUGUGAAAGACACUAUAGUCACCCGCUGAAACUGAUGCUCCCCAACUUAAAAGGGUGUUACUUUUAUAAAGUAUUGUUUGCACAGAUGCUCAGGGACACAGGGCGGUUCAUGUACGAAUCACUCUGAUGCUGUAUAUUGAUGUCAUUGGGAAUUGUUACGAGUGUGUUUUCCUGAAAAUGAAAGGGACAAGCUGGUAUUGUCUUCCAAAAACACUACUGAAUCGUUUGUAACUACGUUUUGAAAGUACCACACAAGUUUAAUAAAGAAUACCUAAAGAACUCAUACAAUGUUUAUUUGCAUACUUAUGUUUUAUUAAAUCAAUUCACAACACAAUAUACAAAAGCACUGUACACAGACCCUGUACAAAACUAUAUGUUCUUUCUAAACGCACAGGUGUCUUAAUUUUCACUUUAAGCUUUGCAGACCAAAAAAAAACGUUUAAUUUGAAAGUAUCAAUAUUCGUUUUUUUCCAGACAGAAAACAAAAGAAAGAGUCCAGUUUAAAAUAACAGCUUUCAUUUCUAUUGCUCGUUUCUGUUAUUCAGUGUUUAUUUGCUACCAACACAGCACAAAGUGUUUCAAUAAGGCGACGGAAAUCUUUGUCUUAAAAUGGCUUGUAAAGGAGUGACAUUGUAACCAUCAACUGGUCAUGAUGCUAAUACAUUCCACAUAGACAUUAAGAGGCCAGUAAGCUAACAACAGUUAAACUAAUGAACUCCUCCAAGCUUCAAUGAAAGUGCCGGAGAAGUCAGUCUGACCCGUCCUGUGGGUCUUCUAUCAGACCUGUAUUUCAGAUCUACGUGUGGGCUACAAAUUCUGUGACCGUUGAGGUUUGACAGGUGUCAAGCCCUUAAAGUCUCUCAUCAUGGAGGUAAAAUGUCCCUUGUGUCCAGUGUCUGUUUAUCUGGAUCUUUAAAGACAGCUGAUUCGCUAAAUCAAACCUCAAGCAACUACACUUAGCCAGAAAAUCUUGAAGAAACGAGUAAUUAAAGCCCAUUUCAAUUUUUCUCAUAGCUGCAGUGAAAUUCUUUGUUCACUUUUUCAUCUUCAUAUCGGCCUCUAUGGCACUGCGGCGCCCUCUGGUGCCUCCGUC